UUCGCCGCACGAUCGGGACCCGCGUGUGCCCCGUGAGUGACUCCUCGUGAAAGGGUUGAUGAGUGCGCGGUGCCUCCAGUCGGCGAGGAAUUGGUUUGGUGUUAUAAUUAAACGUUAAAGAAAAAGAAAAAAAAAAAGAAACGAGGGAUAAUAUAUUCAAAACGUACUGUCGACGACUAUACUCGUACGACGUAUAUUUUGUGACACGCGCAAACGCGUGAACGAUCGUUGACAAGUGGAUUUUCAACGUGAAAACAUCUGGUCGUGCGUGUGAAUGCGAUUUGAGAGAAACCGGAGUGUACAGUGCACCAUCGUGAGGAAAGCGAUUCAACCGGUCACGCGCAACGAUCUUGGCGCGUGCAGUCAGAGCCACGCGCGCGUUUUGCGCCAACUCCGAUUCACUCUUCUCACCCGAGAGUUGAACGACUGCAGUCGGAGGCGGUAAAAAGUCGAGCCGAGUCAUCAUGGAUUGGAUCGGUCUGACCAGCUUGUUAUUGUUCUGCCUCGGACGGAUCGGGGAAACAAACGGUUUGAGGAUGCUGGAGCUGAUAGUGCCGCAGCACGCGGUGUUCGGGCAAAAUGUAAGCCUCGAGUGCAACUUUAAUCUGGACGGCGAGAAGCUGUACUCGGUCAAGUGGUACAAGGACGGCAACGAAUUUUACCGAUUCGUACCCCAAGAGAAGCCACCUGUUCUGGUGUUCCUUCAACCCGGUGUCUCGGCAGUCGUUCACGAAUCUACUCAACGAAUAGUCGUCCUUCGUUCCGUAAACCUUAUGAGUACGGGACGCUACAGAUGCGAGGUUUCAGCGGAGGCGCCAUCUUUCCAAACCGUUUCCGACCAUUCGGAUAUGACAGUAAUCGCCCUCCCAGAAGACGAACCUGUUAUCACGGCGCGACCCGGGAAACAUCGUUAUCAAGUCGGCGAUGUCGUGCGGUUCAAUUGCACUUCGACGAGGUCGAAGCCACAUGCCACGCUCAGCUGGUUCAUCAACGGCGACCCUGUUGAGCAGCAGUUCUUGAAGUCCUACCCCGUCGACGUGGACCGGAACGAUCUGGAGACUUCCACACUCGGUCUAGAGUUCCGUCUGCGCUUGAAGCACUUCAAUAAGGGAGACUUGAAGAUCAAAUGCCUGGCGAGAAUAUAUACCGUAUAUUGGAAAUCGAAUGAGCUCAGCAUAGAGGGUGAGAGGCCUCUGAAGAUACCGGUAAUGGAGAGUAGGGAGACAAGGGCGCAAGGGCAUACACACGCCGAGCAUAUCUUAGCGAGCGGAAGCAUAACAUUAGGACCAUGCGUUAUGUUGGUGAUCAUGGGAUUAUUGAUGUUACGGUACACACGCGCGUGCAUUUCGUUUGAAUAUCUCUGUGUGUGGCUAACGCAUAUCUACCAUGUAAACUAUGACGCGAGUCUACGUUUUAUUGAAUUUUCAUUAACCGUGCCACGUCUGGAACGAUAAAAUGUAAGUGCAACUGAGUUUCAAGACAAUACAAUAUCAACGAUUUAACUAUAC